CUGCGUCAGAUUGAAAAAUUCAACAGAAGAGGCUAGUGUGAGAACCGCUGUUAUCCUCCGAGGACUUACUCCGCUAUGGCAACUCCAGAGAAACGAUUCAAAGCAGACCAAGAAGAAAUAGAAGGUUACAUCCAUGAUGUAUCACCCCUAAAGACGUCCAAGAACAGUAACAAGUACUUCAAUGCCGUUCUUCAAGAAGCCGAGGGUUUCAGUGACGUUGUUUGCUUCAGAGCCGAUCUACAACCCCAGCUUGUGGAUUUUGAGAAAAACAAAACACCUGUCAAACUGCAAAAUGUUUCCAAAGUCAUCAGCAGAAACAAACCAGGAUCUUUUGAUGUGAAAAUUACCGGCUUGACAAAUAUCACUUCACCAACAAAAAAACUUCCUUUUCGCUUUGACCCUCCACUGCAAGAAAAGGACACAAUACAGCAAAUUAAAAACAAGCCACAAUAUGCAAAGACAUCCCUCCUAGCGAAAGUUGUUAAUCUUGCGGAAGAGAUCGUCAUAGAAAAUCACUCCACACAGAAAACUUUGAGAAAAAAAGAUUGCAUGCUUGCUGACAAUACUGAUACCAUAAAAUUGACAACCUGGGAGGACCAUACAAGAGAGAUUGAGCUGGGGAAAACAUAUGUUUUCAAUAACGUCACAGUUAGAAUUUGGGAUGAUGUUAAGUUUAUAACAACUUCCGUCAACACUUGCAUUACACCAGAAAAAGACUUUGGUCCUUUGCCAAAUAUCGAAAACUUCGAUCUUGAUGACAAGAAAGAAACAUGCAAAAUUACCUCUGUCUCCUGCGAACAGAAAAACAGCUGCCCUCUUUGCAACGUUUCAGUUGAAAUAAAUGAAAAUCUGCCAACAUUCAAAUGUUGCAAGUGUUGCAUGCGUCAAAAAACUAUAAAUGUCAAAAAAACACUUAAAUGUGAAGUUUGUGUAGAGGGGUCUACAAAAAAAUUUGCAGUCGCAACUUCACUUUUGAAAGAAAAUGAACACACAAAAUUGUGUUCCACAGUUGAUGAUUAUGAGGAUGCCCUCCUUCAAGAACAUAUCAUGGUUGAACUUACUGGAAAUUUUGUUUCCAACAUUGUUUCCAACAUUACAAAUACUUGAAAACAAAAGGAUGAAAACUGAACUACACGGUGAAGAAGAAACUAAUUUUUGGUUUGGUUUUUUUUUUUUUUUUUUGUAUGGUAUGCAUGCAUGAUAUGCAUAUUUUAUUUUAGAAUUGAUGAGCAAAGAGAUUAUUUGUACUUUCACAAUCCAAUUAGAAUGUGUACAUGUAUUAUACAUUAACUUUGAACUUUUGUUGAAUUUCAACUACUUUCCAUACGCAUGUACAUUUCAUAUACAAAUAUGCAAGGAUUUUCCUAUUGCUAUCUUUUUUUACAUACAAAAAUGAUAAUAAUUAUACCUGCAUAGCUAUAGCAAAAGAAACCUAUGCAAUAUGUCAUUAAGUAUAUAAACUUGGAUGUUUUUUUUUUUGUUUUUUUUUUUACUUGGAAGAGAUACUUGUUGACAUCUGCAAUUUUUUUUUACAUGCUUUUGUAUUAGUUUAUAGUUCAUUAUCAUAUUAUUUAUAAAAAGCUACAGGUAUAGCUUACUUUAUGCUCCAAUACUUCCUUUCCAUUCCCUUUUGAGUUCUCCUAUCAUUAUGCCAAAUGUAUAAUUAGUAUCAUUUAAUUUACUAAAUAGCUUAUUGUUUCAUUACAUGUUGCUUCCUGUUAAAAUUGGGGAUCAAAGUUGCACUACAUACACAGAACUGUUCAUUAUACAUUAAGAGCAUAUUACCAGUAUUAUGUAAUUCAAAUAACAAUACCAUUUAAAUAAUUUGUAAGAAAGCCCAUGCACAUUGUAUUUCAGAUUGUUUUCAACCAAUUUUAUCACAAAACAUACCAGUUUUUGCAUAAAUUAAUGAGGACCGAGAAUUAUAACCUAUUUCUUCUAAUUUAACAAUAUACAUUCUGUUUAGUGUGUAACCACAUGCAUUCUGCCUAAGAUGUCUAAUUUGUUUUUACCCUUGGUAUUAUGCUUAAGUUUGAUAAUAUUUUGUUAAUCCCCAGUCACAUGCUUGAAGUUUUGUUUAAAAAGUGCAUAAAUAAAAUGUUGUUUUUACCCAUUAGUUUUGGCUUUCAUUUAUUAUGCCUUCUAUUGAAAAGAAAAUUGUCCCAUAAUGGUUUCAAGGGGAGGGGGAGG